CGCCUUCACUAUCUGGGACACGGAAAUAGAUCCAGUUUUGUUUUCUGCAGUAUAGUUACUAAUGACAGCAAGUAAAUAAAAAACGCAAAACCCCCAGGAUAUCACUCAGAUGUGCGCUUAGCUUUCUAGCUAACUGGACAGGAACUUCAUCGUGUGGAGUAUCAUCUGGCACUAUGGUGUCUGAAGGCAGUUCAUUUUUUAAGGGCAUGGUCCUGGGAGGAGUCUUCUGUUUGGUAUUGUCACUUCUUGGAACCUUUAGUCCAAACAUCCAUCUUCGCUCAGAUGAACACCACGACCACCACCAUCUCAAACCCCUCAGCAAGGAGGAGAUGCAAAAGUUUAGCGAGAGUCAGGUGUCAAAUCUCGCCCAGCAGGUACGCGUGUAUUGCAUCAUUAUGGUAACGCCUAAGAGCUUGACACACUGGGCUGCUACCAACGACACUUGGAGCAAGCACUGCGAUAAGGCGGUUUUCUACACCUCCGAGUCAGUCAAAGUAAUGGAGGCUGUUGAUCAGAAGGAAAAGGAUGAGUGGAUCAGGUUGCGUAAAGCAAUCAUCCAUGCAUAUGAAAAUGCAGAUGGCCUCCGUUGGUUCUACAUUGCCCGGCCUACAACUUUCACCAUCAUUGAAAACCUUAAAUAUCUGGUUCUGGUUAAAGAUCCCAAUCAGCCCUUUUACAUUGGCCAUGUGGAAAAGUCUGGUGAGCUGGAUUAUGUGGAGUAUGAAAGUGGCAUUGUGCUUAGCUACGAGGCUGUGAAAAGACUUAUUACUGUAUUUGAUGAUGAGAAUAAGUGCCCAGAACAAGGCUAUAGCUUGUGGAAGAUGAGUGAAGAGAAGCAGCUUGCUACAUGCCUGAAAUACAGCGGUGUGUUUGCUGAAAAUGGAGAAGAUGCUCAUGGCAAGGGGCUCUUCAACAAAAAAAGUGUACAGACGCUCAUUUCUGAAAGCAUAACCCAGAACGUUGAUGAUGUUGUGGAGACAUGUUGCUCUGACAUGGUUAUCACAUACGGUGGCAUGUCCCCCAGCCAGAUGCAGGUCAUGAUGUAUGGAGUUUACAGGCUGAGGGCUUACGGGCACAACUUCCGUGACUUCUUAAUGUUUUUUCCUCCAAAGGACUCAAUGAAUGACUAAUAACUAAAAGAUCCUGUUGAUUUACCAAAAAUGUUGAUUUAUGGACAAGGUUAAAGCUCACUGCUAGAGCAUCGUUACACCACUGUAAACUCUUAGCUAAAAAAAUGUGGUAAAGGUAUUUUUGUCAAACACAGUUAAACAUUGUUCGUAUUUUCCCCUAAUUAACCUUAUUGAGGCUCCAUGGGAGUGCUAAACAUGGUGUAAUGUAACAUACAGCAGAACAGUUAAAUCCAUUGUGUUUAAGACAUGUUUCUGUUUAACAAAUGUUUCUUCCUUUCCAGUUUGACAAAUUUUUGGGGGACCUUUUUUGACAAACUGAUAAAAGAAUGCAGUUGCUGAAGAUAAAUGAAUAUUUUUUUAAGUAUUUUUAUAGUCAGGGGUAGGAUAUGAACAGCACACCAUGGGCUUUUUUUCAGCACCCUUUAAUUCUAAAUAGUUUGCAUUAGUAUUGUACAAUAUAUGAUGGUGGAUGAAUGAAAUUCAUUAAAAAAAACAUCAGAAUCAGAAAUCUUUAAAAGUUGCAUUUAAGCAGUUUAGCAGCACUGUUGUAGCAGUGCUGGAUCCGGCUUAAAAAGAAGAUUGAUGUUUUGUCAUUGUGUUGAAACCUAUGUUGUUGUUGUUGUUGUUUUUUUUUUUUUAUUUAGGUAAAUAAAGUUGGCAGAGGUUUAUACUAUAUGUGGGGGGAAAGGAUUCAUGCGAGAUCUGUUUCUUUUUUUAUUGUAUUUUACUGGAUUGAUUAGUUUUGUUUUGUUUUUUCUGGUGAAAACUUGAUUUGUAUUGUCUGUUGUAUUUAAAUAUUUUGGGAAAAUGUUGUAAUCUUAACCUGAAUGAAGAUUUUCGUCUUAAAUUAUUGUAAGAAA